UCCUGGGAAGUGGGCGUUGGGGAGUGGGGACAGGGGUCCAGGGACGCCUCCCUAUGUCCAGAGCUGCGACGGGACAGUGCCAGGAGAGGCUUCCUUGCCCGCCAGGCUCGAGCCGGUCUUGGAGAUGCCGGCGACGACUAUCACUGAUGGGUGAGGGCCACGGAGUCAUUGAGGCCUGGGGCUCCGGGAUCUCCCGGCAUCUUGAGGGUAAGCGCGGUGGAGACCCGACCCCAGGGACCUGCCUGGGCUUCCCUAGAGCCCCGACUUCUCCUCUCCCCACCCCGGAGGUCCGCCAGGUCCUCAGGGGCCCCCAACACUCACCCCGGACCACGGUCCAGCCUCUGACCUCUUGGCUCCUCUGCGCUGCGAGCAGGAGGGAGAGCUUCACCUGCGUGCGAGCCUCCGCCUAUACCUUCCUCCGUCCGCCCCCCCGCCCCAGGUUUUUAAUUCCUUCCUGCCUCCUCCCAGCCUCACCUCCCUCCAGGCUCCCCACUCCGCGCCUGGCCGAGCUGCUUAAUAGCCCAGUAGAAAUUCACCCCGCCGGCCCCUCCCUUCUUCCCCUCCCGACCCCGCCCCUUCACCUCUGCCCGCCGGCUCCCACCUCAACCUUCCUCUACCACCUCCUGCGCGCCCCCUCGGGGCUCUCAACCCCAAUUGGGUCCCGCCCUCCCCCCACCCGCCCCCGCCAGCCAGAGAGUGAGCUCCCCGCGGCCCGGGGGUGUGCAAGCAGCGCCUUCCCAGCCCCUGGCACGGGGCCCCGUGCAGGGUUGAUCCACCCUGUGUUCGAUGAAGAGAUGAUGGAAAGGGCGACAGCAAAGCAGGUUGAGCCCAGGGGCUCCUCGGAUCUCUGCAAGGGGUUUGAAGACUCCGCAACCCGAAAGCCUGUCCUGAACCCACAGCCCUCGGGAUGGGAGAGGUUCUGGAAGUUGGAAGGGGAUAUAACUCUCGCAUUUGACAGUGGUAAUCAAAGUCACCCAGCAGGUGGACCAGAGGACCCUUUGACAUCUUUUAUUUGCUCCGCGUCUGACAGCACGACCCGUGGAGUCUGCGGGCACUGAGCACUUGUCCCUUUGGGAACAGCUUGCGUCCUCUUCCCCGGGCCAGAUCUUCAACUGUUGGCCGCCAAACUCACAGCACCUCGCGGCGAGAUUCAAAUAGCUCCCUUAAAAGUUCUCCCUGGAAUUAAUGAGUAGCCUAUAAAUAAUGAUAUAUAAUGAUAAUAAGCCUAUCAUCGGGCCCACGAUGGAGGACUACAAGGCUCAUGGCCUCAUUAUCUGCUGCACGUGUCCUUAACACCCCUAUUUUACCUGGGAGAAAACCCAACAGGCCAAGGGUGGAGGUUUGUCCGGGACCUCCGAGCAAUAAAUAGCAUUGUCACCCCUCAGCACCCUGUGGCUCCCGUUCUCUGACACCCAUUCCCACUGAAAGCCAGUGUUUUCCUCUGUAAUUGAUUUAUUCAGUGAGUUGUCGAAUUUUUUAAUGUUUUGUUAUUUAUUUAUUAUUUUUUUAAUAUGACAUUUAUUGUCAAAUUGGUUUCCAUACAACACCCAGGGCUCAUCCCCACAGGUGCCCUCCUCAAUGUCCAUCACCUG